AUGGCGAACCUUGCAGCAGAGACAGGAGAAUCACCACAGGAGUUAUUGGCGGAAUGGAUUAGUACCAGCACAAAUAUGCUUUCUACCUCCAACACCCCCGAAAGUAGUGUGAACACAAGUAUCAGCCUCUCUGUGGACAGUAACUUCGUCAAGCAGGACCCCGAUGCCCAUACAUUGUUGGCAAUUCUCUCAAUGCUACCUGCGGGAACACCGAAGGAUAAUCUAAAGUGGUGGGCACCUACACUCAAGUCGAAGUUAGGUGCGAUAUCAACAUUGUCGAAAGCCGCGCUCCUGAUGAGCAGUCAGAAAGAAGGAACAUCUGCGAGGCUCUUCAUGCUUCCGGUCGUGCAAUCGUACAUGCAUAGAACCAAUCGAGUUUCCGACGACAUUCGCGACAGCAGGUGCGACAUGCGUGUUGCGAGUUAA